AAGUCGCUCGGAGCGGCCCCGGGAGCGCGCGGAAGCCGCGCCGGAGCCGGAGUCGGGACCGUGGCCGCGGAGGCGGGGGAGGAGCAGCAGGCGGCUGCCGCCGCCGCCGCCUCCGUUUCACCUCCCGCCUGCUCGCUCGCUUGCUUGCUUUCUCGCUCUCUAGCUCGCGGGGCCUCCCAUUCGUUGCACAUUCUCUCCUGGCGGCGGCGCCACCUGCGCCAGCGAGCGCCGGAACAUGGCGACAGGGAGCAGCUGCGGGGAGCCGCGGCUCCCUCUCCUCUUCGCCCUCGUCGCGCUCUUACCCCCCUGGGCUCUGACCGAGACCCGGAGCCUGCAGUCGGCUGGGGGCCGAGCCGCGCUACCCCAAGAACGGGGCUUCUUCGUGCUGCAGGGCGGCAUGGGCCAGCCGUGGCUGCCCGGGCACAGCGGCGGAAGGGAUGCCGCCGGGGGCGCGAGCCGGCCGGCCGGGGAGCCGCGACCGCCGCGGACGAGGCGCAGCGCCGCUGCCCAUCAGCUCGAGCCUGUGAAGGUGUACGGACAGGUGAGCCUGAAUGAUUCCCAUAAUCAGAUGGUGGUACAUUGGGCUGGAGAAAAGAGCAACGUGAUUGUGGCGUUAGCCAGAGAUAGCCUGGCACUGCUGGGGCCUAAGAGCAGUGAUGUUUAUGUGUCUUAUGAUUAUGGGAAAACAUUCCAGAAAAUAUCAGAGAAAUUCAACUUUGGCAUGGGAAACAGCAGUGAAGCAGUGAUUGCUCAAUUCUACCAUAGCCCGGCUGACAACAAACGGUACAUCUUUGUGGAUGCUUAUGCCCAGUACCUCUGGAUUACUUUUGACUUCUGCAGUACUGUCCAGGGUUUCUCCAUCCCAUUUCGGGCUGCUGACCUCCUCCUGCAUACCAAGGCUCCCAAUCUUCUCCUGGGCUUUGAUAGAUCUCACCCCAACAAGCAGCUCUGGAAAUCAGAUGAUUUUGGCCAGACUUGGGUCAUGAUUCAAGAACAUGUGAAGUCAUUUGCUUGGGGAAUUGAUCCAUAUGACAAACCCAAUACCAUCUAUAUUGAACGCCAUGAACCCACAGGCUCCUCCACUGUCUUUAGGAGUACAGACUUCUUCCAGUCCAGGGAAAACCAGGAAGUGAUCUUGGAGGAAGUCAAAGAUUUUCAACUGCGGGACAAGUACCUAUUUGCCACAAAGGUGGUGCAUCUUUUGGGCAGUCAACAGCAGUCUUCUGUCCAGCUCUGGGUCUCUUUUGGCCGAAAGCCCAUGCGAGCCGCCCAGUUUGUCACCAGGCAUCCCAUUAAUGAAUAUUACAUUGCGGAUGCCUCGGAAGACCAGGUGUUUGUGUGUGUAAGCCACAGCAAUAACCGCACCAACUUGUACAUCUCUGAGGCAGAUGGACUGAAGUUCUCCCUGUCAUUGGAGAAUGUCCUUUACUACAGUCCUGGAGGAGCAGGCAGUGACACCUUGGUGAGGUACUUUGCAAAUGAACCUUUUGCCGAUUUUCACCGAGUGGAAGGAGUCCAAGGGGUUUACAUUGCCACCCUGAUUAAUGGGUCUUUGAGUGAAGAGAACAUGAGGUCGGUCAUCACCUUUGACAAGGGAGGAACCUGGGAAUUCCUUCAGGCUCCAGCCUUCACUGAAUAUGGAGAGAAAAUCGACUGUGAGCUUUCUCAUGGCUGUUCCCUUCACUUGGCUCAACGCCUCAGUCAGCUGCUGAACUUCCAGCUUCGGAGAAUGCCCAUCCUCUCCAAGGAGUCAGCUCCAGGACUCAUUGUUGCCACAGGGUCAGUCGGAAAGAACAUGGCAAGCAAGACCAAUGUGUACAUCUCGAGCAGUGCUGGCGCCAGGUGGAGAGAGGCCCUUUCUGGACCUCAUUACUAUACGUGGGGAGAUCAUGGAGGCAUUCUUAUGGCCAUUGCCCAGGGGAUGGAAACCAAUCAGCUAAAGUACAGUACCAACGAAGGAGAGACCUGGAAAACAUUCAGCUUCUCAGAGAAGCCUGUAUUUGUGUAUGGGCUUCUCACCGAACCUGGAGAAAAGAGCACCAUAUUCACCAUUUUUGGGUCAUAUAAAGAGAAUGGGCACAGCUGGCUGAUCUUGCAGGUUAACACAACAGAUGUACUGGGGGUUCCUUGCACUGAGAAUGACUAUAAGCUCUGGUCACCCUCUGACGAAAGGGGAAAUGAAUGUUUGCUGGGGCAUAAGACUGUCUUCAAACGGAGGACGCCACAUGCAACCUGCUUCAACGGGGAAGACUUCGAUAGGCCGGUGGUUGUAUCAAAUUGUUCCUGCACGAGGGAGGACUAUGAAUGUGAUUUUGGCUUUAAGAUGAGUGAAGAUCUAUCCUUAGAAGUUUGUGUUCCUGAUCCCGAAUUUGCCAACAAACCCUUCUCUCCUCCUGUACCCUGUCCUGUUGGCUCUACUUACAGGAAGACAAGAGGAUACCGAAAGAUUUCCGGAGACACUUGUAGUGGUGGAGAUGUUGAAGCCCGCUUGGAGGGAGAACUAGUCCCCUGCCCCCUGGCUGAGGAGAAUGAGUUCAUCCUGUAUGCCAUGAGGAAAUCUAUCCACCGCUAUGACCUGUCUUCAGGGGCCAUCGAGCAAUUGCCAGUCACGGGGCUGCGGGCAGCUGUGGCGCUAGACUUUGACUAUGAGCACAACUGCUUGUACUGGUCUGACUUGGCCUUGGACAUCAUCCAGCGUCUCUGUUUGAAUGGGAGCUCUGGACAAGAGGUGAUUAUCAAUUCAGGCCUGGAAACUGUGGAAGCUUUGGCUUUUGAACCCCUUAGCCAGCUGCUUUACUGGGUGGAUGCUGGGCUGAAAAAAAUUGAGGUUGCCAAUCCAGAUGGAGACUUUCGACUUACUAUUGUGAAUUCCUCAUUGCUUGAUCGACCCAGGGCUUUGGCCCUCAUCCCUAAAGAAGGGUUGAUGUUUUGGACUGAUUGGGGUGACCUGAAGCCUGGAAUUUAUCGGGCCAAUAUGGAUGGAUCUUCCAUCUAUCGCAUUGUUUCCGAGGAUGUAAAGUGGCCCAAUGGCAUCUCUGUGGAUGAUGAGUGGAUAUACUGGACAGAUGCAUAUCUGGACUGCAUUGAGCGUAUCAACUUCAAUGGCCAGCAGCGCUCCGUAAUCCUGGAUAGUCUUCCUCACCCCUAUGCAAUCGCUGUGUUUAAGAAUGAAAUCUACUGGGAUGACUGGUCGCAACUCAGCAUCUUCCGAGCCUCCAAGUAUAGUGGAUCCCAGAUGGAGAUUUUGGUUAGUCAGCUCACAGGCCUGAUGGACAUGAAGAUUUUCUAUAGGGGGAAAACUACAGGAAACAAUGCCUGUGUAUCCAAGCCCUGCAGCCUACUGUGUUUGCCCAAAGCCAAUCACAGCAAGAGUUGCAAGUGUCCCGAGGGUGUAUCUAGCAGCAUCCUUCCUUCUGGAGAGCUAAGAUGUGACUGCCCUCGGGGUUAUCAGCUGAAGAAUAAUACCUGUAUCAAAGAAGAAAACACUUGCCUUCGCAAUCAGUACCGCUGCAGUAAUGGGAACUGCAUUAACAGCAUCUGGUGGUGUGACUAUGACAAUGACUGUGGAGACAUGAGCGACGAGAGGAAUUGCCCUACCACUAUUUGUGAUCUGGACACCCAGUUCCGCUGCCAGGAGUCUGGGACUUGCAUUCCAUUAUCCUACAAAUGUGACCUUGAGGAUGAUUGUGGAGACAAUAGUGAUGAAAGUCACUGUGAAGCUCACCAGUGUCGAAGUGAUGAAUUCAGCUGUGCCUCUGGAAUGUGCAUUCGCUCCUCCUGGGUGUGUGAUGGGGACAAUGACUGCAGGGACUGGUCUGAUGAAGCCAAUUGUACAGCCAUCUUUCACACCUGUGAGGCCUCCAGCUUCCAGUGCCAUAAUGGGCACUGUAUUCCUCAGAGGUGGGCCUGUGAUGGGGAUGCUGAUUGCCAGGAUGGCUCUGAUGAGGACCCUAUCAACUGUGAGAAGAAGUGCAAUGGAUUCCGUUGCCCCAAUGGUACCUGUAUUCCAUCUAGCAAGCACUGUGACGGGCUCCAUGACUGCUCAGAUGGCUCAGAUGAGCAACAUUGUGAGCCCUUGUGUACCCGUUACAUGGACUUUGUGUGUAAAAACCGCCAGCAGUGCCUCUUCCACUCCAUGGUGUGUGAUGGGAUUGUCCAGUGCCGUGAUGGCUCAGAUGAGGAUGCAGCUUUUGCUGGGUGCACCCAAGAUCCUGAAUUCCACAAAGUUUGUGACCAGUUCAGUUUCCGCUGUCAGAAUGGAGUUUGUAUUAGUUUGAUUUGGAAAUGUGAUGGGAUGGAUGACUGUGGGGAUUACUCGGAUGAAGCCAAUUGUGAAAACCCCACUGAAGCACCAAACUGCUCCCGGUACUUCCAGUUCCAAUGUGAAAAUGGUCACUGCAUUCCAAACAGAUGGAAAUGUGAUAAGGAGAACGACUGUGGGGACUGGUCUGAUGAAAAGGAUUGUGGCGAUGCCCACCUCCUUCCCCCCAGCACGGCCGCGCCUUCCACGUGUCUGCCCAAUUACUUCCGCUGUAACAGUGGGGCCUGCAUCAUGAACAGCUGGGCGUGCGAUGGCUACAAAGACUGCACUGAUGGCUCCGAUGAGGAAGCCUGCCCAACCGCCGCCAACGUCUCUUCAACAUCCACUGCCACCCAGCUGGGACGAUGCAGCAGGUUUGAAUUUGAGUGCCAGCAGCCGAAGAAGUGCAUUCCCAAUUGGAAGCGCUGCGAUGGUCAUCAGGACUGUCGGGAUGGCAUGGACGAGUCCAACUGUCCCACACAUAGUACAUUGACUUGUGUGAGUGGACGGUACAUGUGUGAGGAUGGAGAGGCCUGCAUCGUCUUAACAGAGCGCUGUGAUGGGUUUCUGGACUGUUCUGAUGGGAGUGAUGAAAGGAGCUGUACUGAGGAGACAACAAUAUAUAAAGUACAGAAUCUCCAGUGGACAGCGGAUUUCUCUGGUGAUGUUACUUUGACUUGGACACGGCCUAAAAAAAUGCCAACAGCAUCCUGUGUGUAUAAUAUCUAUUACCGGAUGGUUGGUGAGAGCAUGUGGAAAACAUUGGAGACCAACAGCAACAAAACCAUCAGCAUCUUGAAAGUCCUGAAACCUGACACCACCUAUCAAGUCAAAGUGCAAGUACAAUGUCUGACUAAAGUGCACAACACCAAUGACUUUGUCACCCUCCGAACCCCAGAAGGACUUCCAGAUGCUCCUCGGAAUCUUCAGUUAUCACUUCACAAGGAAGUUGAAGGAGUGAUAUUGAGUCACUGGGCACCCCCUGCCAAUACCCAUGGACUCAUCCGAGAAUACAUAGUGGAAUAUGGUAGAAGUGGUACCAAGAUGUGGGCCUCUCAGAGAGCACCUAGUAACUACACCGAAAUAAAGAAUUUGUUGGUCAACACUUUAUAUACCCUAAGAGUCGCUGCGGUUACCAGUCGUGGUAUUGGAAACUGGAGCGAUUCAAAAUCCAUCACCACCAUAAAAGGAAAAGUGAUCCCACCACCAAGUAUCCACAUUGAAAGCUACACGGAAAAUUCUCUCAGUCUCACUCUGGUAAUGGAUAGCAACUUUAAGGUGAAUGGCUAUGUGGUGAACCUUUUCUGGGCCUUUGACACUCACAGACAAGAGAUGAGAACUUUAUUUCUACACGGGGAGAUAACGUCACACAAAGUGAACAAUCUGACCGCUCACACCUCCUAUGAGAUUUCUGCCUGGGCCAAGACAGACCUGGGUGACAGUCCUUUGGCUUUUGAACACGUGAUGACCAGGGGCACUCGUCCACCCUCUCCUAGCCUCAAAGCCAAAGCCACCAAUCAGACUGCAGUGGAAUGCACCUGGACUGGGCCAAGGAAUGUGGUUUAUGGGGUUUUCUAUGCUACGUCCUUUCUUGAUCUCUACCACAACCCAAAGAACCUGACUACCUCAUUCCACAACAGCACAGUCAUUGUCAACAGAGAUGAGCAGUACUUAUUUCUGGUUCGAGUGAUAGCCCCAUACCAAGGCCCACCUUCUGACUAUAUCGUGGUGAAGAUGAUCCCAGACAACAGGCUCCCCCCUCGACACCUUCAUGCAGUGGACAUUAGCAAGACCUCAGCUGUCAUCAAAUGGGAAUCGCCGUAUGACUCUCCUGACCAGGAUAUGUUAUAUGCCGUUUCGGUUAAAGAUUUAAUACGAAAAGCUGACAGGAACUACAAAGUGAAAUCCCGGAACAGCACGCUCGAGUACUUGAUUAGUAAAUUGGAACCUGGUGGAAAAUACCAUAUCAUUGUACAACUUGGAAACAUGAGCAAAGAAGCCAGUGUGAAAAUUAGUACAGUGUCAUUAUCUGCACCAGAUGCCUUAAAAAUCAUAACGGAAAAUGACCACGUUCUUCUCUUUUGGAAAAGUUUAGCCUUAAAGGAAAAGUACUUUAAUGAAAGCAGGGGUUAUGAGAUACGUAUGUAUGACAGCGUGAUGAAUAUCACAGCAUACCUUGGGAACACCACUGACAAUUUCUUUAAAAUUUCUAAUCUGAAGUUGGGCCACAAUUACACUUUCUCUGUACAAGCAAGAUGCCUUCUCAGUGGCCAGAUCUGUGGAGAGCCUGCAGUGCUUCUUUACGAUGAGUUAGGAUUUGGUGCGGAUGCAUCCGCGUUCCAGGCUGGAAGGUCAACUGAUGUGGCUGCCAUUGUGGUUCCCAUAUUAUUCCUGCUCCUGGUGACUGUGGGAAUAGGGUUUAUAGUCCUGUAUACACGGCAUCGGAGGCUCCAGAACAGUUUCACUGCCUUUGCCAAUAGUCACUAUAGCUCCCGGCUUGGCUCGGCCAUUUUCUCAUCAGGAGAUGAUCUUGGAGAUGAUGACGAGGAUGCUCCUAUGAUAACGGGAUUUUCAGAUGACGUCCCCAUGGUGAUAGCCUAAAGAGUGUUCCUCACUGUAAACCAAAUGGUGUAAAUAUUUUAUUUGAUAAAGAUAGUUGAUGGUUUAUUUUAAAAAAUGCACUUUGAGUUGCAAUAUGUUAUUUUUAUAUGGGCCAAAAAAGGGCAAAAACAAAAAAAGAGAAAGAAAUGAAUGAAUAAACUUUGUAGUAAUCAACUGUGAACAACAAGAAACCAGGUUGAUUUUAGUCAUCAAAUUGCUUUGAUUUGACAUUAAUUUAGUCUUACAGGGCUGUGCUUGCUGGGCAUGCUUUUAAGUCUGUGAGAUAAUUUUUGGUUGAAUAAAUUGGCUACUCCGUUUUAUUUUUCUAAGACAACAAGAAAUGUAUUUAAUAAAAACUCCAGGAGAACUACAAUGGGAAAAAUCCCUUUCUCCUUGAAGAAAUGACCGAAUUUUAAAUAUUCUUUGGAUUUUGUUUAUAUGCAAGUUUGGGGUGUCUAGGGGUGGGGAGGGUGCUUUUAUUUUGUUCUGUUAAUUUAUUGGGGCCUCUCUUGGGGGCCAGGUUUUUGUGGUUAUGUGACAUUGCACGUAUUACUGAGCCCCUCCUCUCUCACAGGGCCCAGGAGUGGGGCACAAGCAUUGGUUUUGCCAUUCCUGAAGAAACCCAUUUUAAUCUAACGUGUGUUUAAACAUUACUGUAUUUGAUUGGAGAGACACUUGAAACCAACACGCAGUUUCAGCUAGACAGAGCUGCAGCUUGUUCAACCUUGCCAACCAUAAGCUUCCUCUUGCUUAUAUUAAGCGAUGGACUUUUACUCUAUUUGCCUGUGUACGAGACAUGACUUUUGAAGCUGAAAUGGUGGCAUAAGAGAAUACUGCUCUAUAACACAUUGCUGUAGUCAUUAUUUCAGGGGCAGUGGGAAGCUCCUCCCAUUGUGAGAGAGAGUUAGCUCCCAGCUCAAUGCAGUGAUAUGUGACCAAUCAAUACCCUGGCAAAUAGAGUACCUUAUUUUCCAUUUAUGCACCUUCAGUUUUAAGUUUUGUAUUUAAGAUAAUAGUGUGGCCAAUAUUUCUUCUUAAAAAUACUUGGUAAAUUUAGCUGUUUUGGAUUGGUCAGUACCUCCCUCUAUCCCUCUCCUUCUUUCCCUCUCUCCUCCCUCCUACCUCUCUCUUUUUUUCUUUCUUUUCCUCUCUUCCCCCCUCUAUUUCUCUCUCCCUUUCUUUCCCCUCCUUUCUUUCCUCUCUUCCUUCUGUCUCCUCUUUCCUGUCCUUCCUCCUUCUCUCCCUUCCUCCCCCCCUUCUUUUCUUCCUUUCUUUCUCAAAAGAGAAAGUGCUACAAUUCUCACAACGAUAGCUGGACAGUCCAAAAAUUUGAGCCACUGAAUUAGAAUUAACAAUAGAAGAAAAAAUGGAGUUUGUUCAUUCUCAAAAAAAUAACUUGUGAUUGUUCUUCUGCCUUUAUAAAGUCACCUGUGUGUCAAAAACAAACAACACUGGCCAUUUAAUAUAGAAUGCACUGCGGCCUGUCACGCUUCUCCUUAUCAGUUAGAGAUGUCUGCACCUUUGCCUGACAUUGUUGUGGUUGUACUGUGUGGUUUGUCACUGUGAAACUUCCUCCUAGGUUAGGAACAAUGACCUGUGGGGAGAAUCCAAAGUUCUGUCUCUUAAUACAUGUUUCUGAUAUGCAAAGCUUUGUGAAGCCUCAUCAGCACUGCUAGAUGCAGUGUGCCUAUGUCUUCUCUCAAGUAUCUGAUUUAUUUUAACCAAAAGUAUCUUGUUUUGUGUAACAAAAUGUACUUACAGUCUUCCUAAGGAUUGUGUUGGGGGGAAAAAAAGAGCCAAUGGUAUUUUUUAAACUGUUGACUUUAAUUUCAGAUAAGGAGAAUUUGAAACAAUGAAAGUUUUACUCUCAGCAUGGCUACUUCUCUCAUUUUUAAUGUGUGGUGGUGAUGGUGAAGUGAGCCUUCUCCCAGGCCAUUGUUUCUUUUUGAAAGACAGGAGUUUUAUUGGUUUUCUUCGUUCUUGGCUGGGAUUUUAUUAUUGAUUAUCCCUUUCACCUCCCCUUUUAAUUAUUCUUUUAAGUAGCUGAAAGAUUAAAAAUCAGGGGGCGGAGGAGAGAGAGAAUUAAUUAAAUUUAAAUAGAUUAAUUGCUUUAAAUUAAUUAAACUAGGAAAUAUGGUUCUUUUCUUCCCUUCCCACUAAUCUUUUGUGUCGUCUGUUAAAACCAUAGCUCUGAGACAUUGUUUUCAUUGAUUCUGUAAGCAAUUUUGUGUUCAAAUCAGGUCCCCAUCAGCAAUGUUUAGGUAUUUUUGAGUGUUCCUAGUGCCUCCCAAUGCUGUGUGCACAGUACUGAAUAUGCCCGCCACCACCUCUCCCCUUAGAAUAAUAAUGCCCUUUGUGCUGUUAGAUAGAGCAGCCUUUUAGGGCUAGUGUAUUUUAUAUAACAGAAGAGCUCAGCUCCAGAAAACUGAGAUAGAUAGAGAUAGAUGCAGCGAUGUGUAAAUUGUAUAUUUUUAUGGAGUUUUGAAGCACAUCAGCUUUCUUCAUGUAGUUUUAUGGGGUCGGGAUGUAUAUAUGAAGUCAAAAGGGAUCCAGUGUGGUUGAAGUGGCACUGGGAAAUAUAAAGAAAUUUCUGAGAGCCUUUUCAAGUGACUGGAUCUUUUUCCUCACUGUGACACAACCAAUGUCAGUGGGUGUUUUCAGCAAAGGGGGUCUUGUGCCUUGGUAAAGAUGCUGUCCAUAGGGUCUGUCAUGUUUGAGGGGGUGGAGGAAGUUUUCAUUUUUCUCCCAAAAGCCAAUAAAUAGGGUGACCAAUUAUCAUGCUCAUUUGAACCGAGUCCCCUAAAUGGAUCACUGAAAUUGAGCAAGGGGUACAAAUUGGGGUGAGGAAUAACAGCAAAAAAUUCCAACUGAAAGCUAACUGCCUAUGUGGUUUGUGCAGUAAAACCCUUUGAAAUUAAUGUGACUUGGGUGUCUCUUGAAUUAUUUAUUAAGAGACACAUAUCAUUGGAGAGUUAAGAGUCCUGUGGAGGAUUCCAUGAAGUGACCAUGUUGAUAUAGUCCAACUUUCCAGGUUCUUAAAAAAAAAAAACUGGCAACGUGGUAGCUGUCUAAAAAGACUAUAAAAACUCUUAUAAAUGCCAGCCACUGGGAGGAGCUUUUGCCUCUUGGAAAAAGGAGUUUAAGGGAAUUAGUUCUAUCCUUUAUGAUGUCCCCAGGAUCACAGCCACUGAGGACAAAGGUAGAGCUCAGCUAUCUCUUGCUUUCUUCCUCCACUAAUGCGUAACCCAUACUGUAUAUUCCUAAAUGUCCAUUUAGUAAGUUAGCCUGAUUCUGCCUAAUAGGUCACUUCAACUGAAUGGAGAUGAGGCAGUGGCAAGUUUAGGGGAUUUGAGAAGGGAAACAUCUUUCCUCCAACACACAGACUCUCUCUCUCUGUCGCUCUCACUCUCACUCUCUCUCUCUCUCUCUCUCACUCUCUGUCUCCCUCACUCUCUGUCGCUCUCACUCUCACUCUCUCUCUCUCUCACUCUCUGUCUCUCUCUCUGUCUCUCUCUCAGUCUCUCUCACACACUCUCUCUCUCACUCUCUCACACUCUCUCACUCUCUCUCUCACUCUCUCACUCUCUCUCUCACUCUCACUCUCUCACUCUCUCUCACUCUCUCACACUCUCUGUCUCUGUCUCUCUCUCUCUCUCUCUCUCUCUCUCUCUCUCUCUCUCUCUCUCUCACACACACACACACACACACACUCACAGAGUUUUAUUCAGUCAUUCUUUCAGUUGAUGUAAAGAUUAGUUAUUGCAUAUUUUGAAAGUAUGUCCCCAAAUUUUCCUUCUGGGGGAAGCUCCAUCCCAGCAGUUUGAUUCCUUCUUCACCAAGGUUGCUGCUACUGCUGGAGAACCCCUCCACCCAAGACUGUCUACUGAUUACAGGUCCUCCAGUCUAUUUCAUUGUCACUGCAAAGAAAGUAUCUAGGAAAAUAAACUGAAUGGUACCUUGUUUUUGAUUAAAUUUCCAGGCAGGUAUAUUUGAAACAGAUUAUAUUAGUACUCGACCUUAAAAGUCCUGCCCAUCUCAUUGGUCUUAACUUGAAUAUUUGUUCCCUUUCAAGAGACAUUUAAUGUAAUAAAAACCAGUACACUUGAGUUUAUACAGGUUCUUCUCUAUGCAAGCCCAAGUGAUGGAAUGAGAUAACAGUGGCAUCAUGCUGAUGAGAAGUAUGUUUUCAAAAAGGUAUCACCACUUACUAGGAAAAUAGGUUGAAGGAGGAUUCGUUGCAUACAUGUUUCUGCCCAUUCAUUUAGAGCAGCCAUAUGACAAAUUUCAAGAGCCAAGUAAUCCAGGAAUGGUAUUAGUCUCAUGUAUAGUAUCGUGGAGAGAUAAAAGAGCAAAAGGUGAAAUAGAACAACAUUACUCUCCUGUUUGCCAUAGUUUCUCAGUUGAAAGAUUCUGUUAGGAAUCAUUAAAAUCAUAAGCAAAUUCACAAACAUUUGCAGAAAAAUAAAUAAAUCCUGCUCUUAUUUAAGCAAAACUCUUUGUUCCUCUCCAAAGUAACAUUAGAUGUUUAUAAUUUAAAUUGCCUUGAUAAGUUUCUUAAGUCACUGAUUUCUGCUAAAGAUUUUACUAUAUUGUCGCACAAUUUUAAAGGAUUUUUGUCUUUGUCAACUUUUUUCACUGAAUAAAAAAUUAAUUGGGUCAAGAAAACAUCUACUUUAAAAAAAUCCAUUCUACAUAUGUGUCUUGAGUUAUUCCUCUGAGUGCAAUAAAGAUGGCUAAUGCAGUCUCUAAACACCA